AUGGGCAGGAGGCAUGAGGAGAAUUACUUAGACCUCAACAAUCUACCAGAAGAUAUUUCUAGAGAUGGAAAUAAGCAAGCCCCGGAGGAAGGAGGCUCUUCCUCUGGUCAAAGAAAGAAGAAAGGAAAAGAAGGGAAAGAUGAGAGUGGGAAGGUGUACGAAUGUCGUUUUUGUUCACUCAAGUUCUGCAAAUCCCAAGCUCUUGGUGGCCACAUGAAUCGCCACCGACAAGAGAGGGAGACCGAGACAUUGAAUCAAGCUCGUCAAUUGGUUUACCGUAACGAUACCUUAACCCCACCUGGAAUUGCGCCUUUCGGCUAUCAUCAUACCGCAGAUCCAACUAUGUACCGGUCGGUUUACUCAUCACCAAUGCUAUAUACCGGAAGCUCCUCAACAAACAUGGUUCCACAACCACCGCCUAUGCCGCCAUAUCCAUACCCUUCAAACCAAUACUCUCCUCACAAUCACAUCAACGACUAUUACUUAAGCCAAUCCUAUCGAAGCAGCAGAAGCCUCUCUCCAAACCCUAAUCUCCCUACCACCACAACCGUUAAUUACAUGGCGGAUAGUCCCGUGGAACCGAACUACACUUGCGUUGGUGCACCCGUUGGUCAGACCGGUUUCCCUAGCCGUGGCUCCGGCAGCGUUCUUGCACCACCGUUGGAACCGCCUCAAGUUCGUGAUGGUGACGGUCCACGGCCGCGUUUGGAUCACUCUCUCCGGUUGCCCUUUAACCGGUUUCAAGAUCAUCACUCGCUCUGA